CGACGCACAUGGCAUCGGGACCGCAGUCGAGAGUAACGUUUCGUACGUACGAGGCGGUUUUCGUUGAGCAGUACCGUGCGCGACAUUCGGAAUGCGCGUUGGCCGUCUGCGCGACCCGUUGGCUCGCGAAACGUAGGGCAGAAGUUACACAUCUUUUACAAGCAGUGGAAUAAGCUAACAUACAAAAUCGCGUGAAAAUUUCGUCCAAUUUUCAAUUCCGGGCUGGGAAAACUUAGCCGUGUGAAAGCGUACCCAGUGCAACACGAAACUGGGCGAGCUAGUUCUUAAACCAUACGCCCCUCAGACGAAGCUUGUUCCGUCUCGCGUGUAGAGCGCAGUGAUAGUUUGUGUGUGACCCAUUGCACGAAUUUUCUUUUACCUGGUGGUGGAAAAUUUGUUUCAGGAUCGUCUGCAAAAGUCCAGCACACAAUGUGGGCACGUUCGCUGCGAAUCAUACAGUUGUGGCGGUGACGGCGGAACUUUGUCCAUUAAAACUCGUCUACCUUCGCCAAUCCCGGUCUCUGUCUGUGCCGGAUUUUCUUUGUGUGUUUAUCUGUGUAUGUAUGUGUGCGUUAAUAUUGAGGAAAAUUCCCUCAGGAUAAGGCAAAGAGUACCUCGAAACGUUCUGCAGUAAAAAGCAGCAUUCUUUUUGUACCACAUCCGUUUAGUGCAUCAAACGUGUUCUUCCACAAUUUGCUUUCGUCGCGGCUUUGAUGUCUUCCAUUUUGCAAGACCAUUUCCAUUCACCAUCUUCGCGGUGAAAGAAAAUACAUUUCAAUUUUAUGCGUCCAUCGGGCAAGGCUCAGCAAUUCAUGGUUCUGCCGUUUCUUUUUGUGCCCGCCCGCCCAGUGACGGUGUUUUAGUGAAAGUGUUUUUUAAUGCGUGAUAAAAGUGCAAAAAGCCAAUUUACAUCGUAAGUGAGUUUUUCAAAGUCCAAGCCGGAAAGCAAAAAUUUUGUCUAACAACUUCAAGUCAGGCUUCAAGUCCGGAUUCCAAGUGGAGUAUGCUUUUAUGCACCCGUUACUACCAAUGCCCAACGGCGGGGCGCGUUAACGUCCGAAGGUCAGCAACAGCAGGAAGACAAAGUUGCUCCCAGUAAUGAUAGUGAUAAGCUAAUUGUGCUAGUGUUCGAGUGCGCUUGAAGCAAGAAAACUACACACACACACACACUUGCACACACUUCCACACACACGCAGUCUCAGCUAAGAAGCCAAAAUCAGCGCAAGUGUCCUUGCAAGGCAUCCUUCAAUUAUAAUCAAGUCAAAUGGAUACAAAUCGCUAGCAUCUAACAGCUCGCUAGCUCGUGCCACGAAUUACUGACCUCAUGUCCCACCACCUUCCCCUCCCGGGUCUUCUGGGCGCAGUUCAUCGAUUUUUGUGUGCUGCUGCUCAGCUGCACGGCGGCUCCCAACUGGUACAAAUCCCAUGGACAGUGUGUAUGUGUGUGUGUCCGUGUGUGGAUAAAUGUUUGUUCACUGUGGUCCAAGCAGUGCCCGCUACGCCUCGCCGGUUCCGUUAAGGCAUCUGUUAGCGGCUGGUAAAAGCUGGACCGAGCUUUAUAAACUUGCAUAAAAAUUCCACUUCGGAUCGAAGCUACCGGAAAGGUAGCGGUAGGAAGUGUACCGGUCAAGCACCGUUACGAUUGAACGAUUUAAUUGCCGGGCUCCCAUUGCUGGAGCGAGUGGAAUUUUGCAGAUUUUAAACCACCGCAAAGUAAUACAAGAUUAACAAAACAUGAAGGACACCGCCAACCGGCGCUAUCGUUCGCAACGACCCUGGAUGAUGGAUCACGGCGUAGUGGACGAGGAAGCUCCGAUAGAUCCGAGGCUCAAAAAUCGGACAUUUACCGCCGAUCAGGACUUUGAAGGUCACCGAGCGCACACCGUUUUCGUUGGCGUCCACAUUCCGGGCUCAUCCCGGCGGCAUUCCCAGCGGCGUCGGCAUAAGCACCACCAGGCGAGCCGGGAAAAUGGCGACAAGGGUAGCACGGGAUCGGAAGCGGAACGGCCGGUCGUUACGAUACCCCACGUCGUCACACAACGAAGAAUCAGCAUCGUUGAUGAUGGCGAAUCUUUUACACCACCCGCACAAAGAGUACAGUUCAUCCUGGGCGGUGAGGUCGGCGGCGAAGGCGAUGGCACGCAGCACGAAUCCCACCCGCUCUUCUCCGAGAUGGAGGAGCUGGUCAAGGAGGGGGACGAGAUGGCCUGGAAGGAAACGGCACGCUGGGUAAAGUUCGAGGAGGACGUCGAGGAGGGCGGCAACCGGUGGUCCAAGCCGCACGUGGCCACGCUCUCGCUUCACUCGCUGUUCGAGCUGCGCAGCCUGCUGCUCAACGGCACCGUCAUGCUGGACAUGGAAGCGGUCAGCCUGGAGCAGAUCGCCGAGCUGGUGUGCGAAAACAUGGUCAACUCGGGCACGCUGCCGGUGGAGGCCCGGGACAAGGUGAUCGAUGCGCUGCUGAAGCGCCACAAGCAUCAGCACGAGUUCGGCAGCAAGAAGAGCCGGCUGCCGCUGAUCCGCUCCCUGGCCGACAUUGGAAAGAAUCAUUCGUCUUCAAAGAAUAUGCCACGCUCAUCCACCAGCAAAAGCAUCUCGUCGGCCAACUCAUUCCCAAUGCACGUCGUUUCGUCGGCACCGUCGGGCAUGCACGAGGAAGGCGAAUCCGCCCUGGGUCCGGUCUCGCCCCAAACCGCCCUGCUGUACGGUAGCAAAGAUCAGCGCGGUCACUAUCUAGCACUGCCCACAGUUGAAGACCAAGCGAAUACUAACAGUCCACCGAACAGUAGUAGCGCUACUAGCAAUGGCAGUAACCCAAAUGCAUCCGGCAAACCGCCGACCAACGGCAACAGUGGCAGCGGCAAACACUUAACCGUCCCUGGGCGGGCCGCCGGAGAAAAUAUGACGCAAAGUCCGAGCAACGUGUCGAUGCCACGCAACGCCAGCUCGGGCGAGCUGCAGAACGGCGAGCAUAAAACGAACACACACUUCAUGCGCAAAAUUCCGCCCGGCGCCGAGGCGAGCAACAUUCUCGUGGGCGAGGUUGACUUUCUCGACAAGACGCUGUCGGCGUUCCUGCGGCUCAACACCGCCUCGGUGAUGGGCGACCUGACCGAGGUGCCAGUACCGACCAGAUUUAUCUUCAUCCUGCUCGGACCGCCCGGCAGCCAUGGUAGCUUUCACGAAAUUGGCCGCGCCAUGGCGACCCUCAUGUCGGACGAGAUAUUCCACGAAGUUGCCUACCGUGCGAAGCGGCGCGAGCAUCUGCUCGCCGGCAUUGACGAGUUUCUCGACGCUGUCACGGUGCUGCCGCCGGGCGAAUGGGAUCCUUCGAUUCGAAUAGAGCCGCCGGCCGCCAUACCCUCGCAGGAGGUACGCAAACGGCCGCCCGAGAAAAACCCCAAGGAAGAGAUCGACGAAGAGCUGGAGGAGCAGCGGCAGCGCGAGGAGGCGGGCCUAUCCCGCACGGGCCGCCUUUUCGGUGGGCUGAUCAACGAUCUGAAGCGGAAGGCGCCGUUCUAUCUGUCCGACUUCAAGGACGGCCUGUCGAUGCAGUGCGUCGCGUCGUGGAUCUUCCUGUACUUUGCCUGCCUGUCGCCGAUCAUCACGUUUGGCGGGUUGCUGGGGACGGCCACCGGCAACAAUAUUGCCGCGAUGGAAUCGCUCGUGUCGGGCUUCGUGUGCGGCAUCGGGUACGGGUUCUUCUCCGGCCAGCCGCUCACGAUACUCGGCUCGACCGGUCCGGUGCUGGUGUUCGAGACGAUUGUGUACGAGUUUUGCCAGAAGGUGGGCUGGGACUAUCUGACGUUCCGGUUCUGGAUCGGUACCUGGAUCUCGAUCAUUCUCGUCGUGCUGGUGGCGGUCGACGCGAGCGCGCUGGUUUGCUACAUUACGCGCUUCACGGAGGAAAACUUUGCCUGCCUGAUCGCGGUCAUCUUCAUCUACAAGGCGAUCGAGAACGUAUUUCACAUCGGGCAGGAGUAUCCGCUGAACACGGCGGGCGGGAAGUAUGAUUGUGCGUGCCUGCCCCCGGCUGCGCAGGAGCUAACGCCGCAAGCCGUCCAUCAGUGGGCACAGUACGAUCUGCGAACGUGUAAGACCCUCAACGGAACGCUAACCGGUGCCGACUGUGACAAGCCCGAGUACGUGUCGGACGUCUUCCUUAUGUCGAUCGUGCUGUUCCUCGGCACGUACAUCAUCUCGGUCAUCCUGAAGGACUUUAAGAAUGCGCUGUUCUUCCCGGCAGUUGUGCGCCAGUUCAUCAGCGACUUUUCCGUCACGAUCGCGAUCUUCUCAAUGACGCUGCUGGACGUCUUUACGCGCAUCGCCACACCGAAGCUGGACGUGCCGAGCGAGUUCAAGCGCACGAUCCCGGACCGCGGCUGGAUCAUCAUGCCAUUCCACGAGAGCAAUCCGGCCUGGUCGUCGGCCCUCGCGAUCCUGCCCGCCCUGCUCGGCACGAUACUGAUAUUCAUGGAUCAACAAAUAACGGCUGUGAUAAUCAAUAGGAAGGAGCACAAACUCACCAAAGGUUGUGGAUACCAUCUUGAUCUGUUCGUGCUCUCCUGUCUGAUACAGAUCUGCACCAUGAUGGGUCUACCCUGGUUUGUUGCUGCCACCGUGCUCAGUAUUAAUCAUGUCAAUUCCCUCAAGAAAGAGUCCGAGACGGCGGCACCGGGCGAGAAGCCGCAGUUUAUCGGCGUACGGGAGCAGCGCGUCACCCACAUACUGAUCUUCCUCAUGAUCGGAUGCUCGGUGCUGCUGACCCCGUUGCUGUCCCACAUUCCCAUGCCGGUGCUGUACGGUGUGUUUCUGUACAUGGGUGUGUCGGCCCUCAAGGGGCUACAGUUCUUCGAUCGGCUGCUGAUCAUGCUGAUGCCUGCCAAGUACCAGCCGGACUACAUGUUUUUGCGACAGGUCCCCAUUCGGCGGGUGCAUCUGUUCACCAUGAUACAGCUGGCCUGCUUUGCCGUGCUGUGGCUGAUCAAAUCGUUCUCGAUCACCUCGAUCCUCUUCCCGCUGAUGCUGGUGGUGAUGAUUGGCGUGCGCAAGUCGCUCGACUACAUCUUUACCAAGCGCGAGCUCAAGAUACUGGACGACAUCAUGCCCGAGAUGACGAAGCGGGCCCGGGCGGACGAUCUGCACCAGCUCGAGGACGGCGAGGACUCUGGACAGCAUUCGGCGGACAAUCUGCAGCUACCGCUGGAAAAUGGCACCGUGAACGAGAAAGGCAAGAUCAACAUAUCGGAAGAGGUCAACCGGACGACCAUCUGGAAGCAGGUCAACAACUGCAAUGUGCUCUUCACCAAGAAACAAACCCCCGUAAAACAUUCGCAACAGCAAUUGUCGAAAUUGAGUGAAACUGAAAAAAGACUGUCCACCAUGCGGGAGGAAGAUGAGGUGGCGGAUGAACCGAGUCGUCAAUUAAGUCACCAGAAGAGGACACAGAAAAUGAAGCGCGAGUUUUGGAUGAACUCCCGGUCGGGUAGCAGCAAUGGUCGUGCCAAUAGCAAUAAUAGCGCCAGCAGUACCACCGCCGCCGCCGGAGGAAAGAUCGUUUGCGCCGAGGAGUCUGCUGCGCAAAGCCGCGGAAGCAACAAGAGUGCUUCCGAGACGCAGGUGUAAAAUGGGAUGUUUUAAAAGCCACGUUAUAGGUAUUGUUGGGGUUUUUUGUAGUAUCAAAUGGAGAGAGAGAGAGAGAUAGAGAGAGAGAGAGAGAGAAAGAGAGAGGAAUAAAAAGAGAGAAAUAGAUAAAAAGCACCAUGGAUCCUUUUACAGAUCGAUUAGACAAAUUUGUACGAGAUUACAGGAAAGGAAGUUGAGAAGUGUGCUUUAGGCGGCAUGCAGGUGAGAUCUUCGGUACAUACCGCAGGAGUUCCAGAGUUUCUGGCGAAUAAUAGCCGACUAGACAAUUUAUCUACCCUCCUAAACAUGUAUUCUUUGCAGGAUACACUUUUUAAAUACACAAAUUUACAACCCAAAAGACUAUAGCAAAAGGACGAAAGAGAGAGAGAGGGAAAGAGAGAAAGCAUGAGAGGUUGAGGUAGAGAGAAAAAGUGGGUGAGCGAAUCGAACAGGAAGAGUCAAUCAACCCCAUCAGCAUUUGUGAGUGUGAGGUUUAGCAUUUUUCUAGAACGUAAGGCACAUUCUAUAAUACAAACAAAAGAAACCCGGCUUUUCUGACCCACCCCUACUUUCUGUCUAGGACAAUUUGCAAAACCAUGUAAAACUAAAAUUCCAAUGGAUAAAUCAAUAUCACACUGGUAAUAAAAAUCACACAUUUAUAAUAAGGUUAAUAA